CCUCCUCGCCGACGUCGACGGGAUCCUGUCGGACCGCGCAGCCCCAGACUGGCGGCGACGCCACACUCAUGCCGAUACGCAACUUCGUGUAUCACAUAUUGCGCCGGUCGCGCACGACCUCGGGCGUGCUGCAGUCGGCGAUGUGCUACAUUGAGGGCGUGCGCGGCAAACUGCCGGGGCUCGCCGCGCUCGAGGCGGAGCGCACCGCGCGGGGCGCUCGUCCCGCUAAACCCCUGCGGCCCCAGCUCACCAUCGCCAACAUCUCGCAACUCGACAUGGGCUCUCUCAGUCUUGGCUGCUAUGUCCCGUCCCCAACUCGCCCUCUCGCGUCAUCUAUUCCAGGCAGUGCACCGGCAGAAUCCACGCACUCGCUGCGCAAAGCUGCAUCUAUCGGCGACCUGCAGGACCCCGCCGCGGCCGCCCCCUCCCCCCUCCUCUGCCCGCGCCGCACGUUCCUCGCCGCGCUCGUCCUCGCGCACAAGUUCAUUUUGGAGAAAUGCUAUUCGAACCGGGCGUGGGCGAAGAUUGCGGGGCUGCCGCCACGCGAGGUCGGGAGGUGCGAGCGCGCGCUUGGCGAGGCGCUCGAUUGGCGGCUGUGGGUUGGGAAGGGGUCUGUGACUGCUGGCACUGCGGUGGGUGCGGGGAGCGAGCCCGCGACUGCGGGGCGAGAGCGGACUCUGCUUGAGUCAGAGUCAGGCUGCUCGGCAGGCGUGCUCUGCUCGGCAUCUGCGCUCAAUUCGGCAGCCAUGCUGGGACCUCGUGCGAGGGCAAGUGUGGAUUGCUAUCCUCACGCGCCCUUCCCAAGCGGCCCUGCGCCCUUCCUCAGCGGACCAGCUGCUCCGAGCCCAGAGACGCCCGGGUUGAGCGCCUCGCCCGCGUCUCAGGCGUCGUCUGCGUCGCCGGCGUCGGUGGCGCCGACGUUCGAGACGGGGCAUGUGCAGGUGUACGAGCCGGGCCCUGCUCAGGUGUACGCGCCGGAUUACGAGUCCGCGCCUUACCCGUGGAUGCCCAUGACUCAAGGGAUGGUGCCGGCGUUUCGCGGAGAAAGCAAGCAUGCAUCUACCGUCGGCUCUUCGCAUGCACAGUACGGCUCGUACCCUGCCCUACCGCCUAUCAGCACCUGGGCUCCGCCCCAGUUCGACGGGUCGUGGGGUGGCUAGCUACUGUCUUGGAAUCAGUUCUACAUGGGUCGUUACCUGGUCUUAGCGUGUUCCAUAAUGUAUUGUUUAGCACCUGUAUCGCUCGCGC